UUGAAAAUAUGAAAAUAAAUAAAUAAAAUAAUCACCAGAAUAGUAUUGAAAAAUACUCGGAAAAAUCUAGUUUUUGUUAAAAUCAGUGCUAGCUUCUUCAUAUUUAUUGCAGGAAGAAAAAUUCGGAAAAAUUGCGCAGCGCGACGUGGAGAGUAUACGAUAUAGUGAAGUAGAAGUGCGAAGUACAGGAAAGGUAAAUGGAAUAUUUUGGUGAUAACUAUUACCUAGUGGAUGGAAAAUUUUGGGAGGCGUUUGAGUUCUUUUAUAAACUGAAGUUACCCGUGUACCUAAAAAAUGUGUUGUCGGUCAAUGGGUACGGUUGUAUUUCAACAUUUUGCAAAAUCACCGGCAGUUGUUUUGAAGCUAUCGAGGAAACGAUACGUUCAUUUCAUCAGUGUGAACAAAAAGGCACCGUGGACACAUUGCACUUAUAUCGCGACGCUCCUGCACUUUUCAAGAUUGUUCCAGGUCAUCGUGAGCUGCUUCUUGAGUAUUCUGUGAAACUAGCUUCUCAGCAAAAUGAAUUCAAUGAGGUGCUUGCAUCUAGACUUUCAAUGGAGAUUUCGCCCCAACCACAACUGAUGUCUGCAUCGUCAACCGUAAACUCUCGGGAAUAUCAAAACCCAAGUAGUCACAUGAGAAUAAUAAAUCAACUUAUUACUACAAAGCUCGAAGUACCGAAAAACGUUCAUCUCAACAUAAGAAUUGUGGACGACAACUCAGCCAAGAUAUCCUGUUUCCAAUGUGAGCAAGAGGUCGAUAUAAAAACAAAGAUUUUAUCAGCAACAAAUCGUCAUUGGAUGAUCGGGAAGUACAUCAAGCACAUCGAAAUGCAUUCAAAACUGGACCAACCACCCCAGGGCUCAUCUCAAGAUAGAUCUUUGCCGGAAGACAGUGAUUCGGAAAACGAAAUCGAAUUAUCAGACGAGAUGGAUCGUAGAGUGCUAGAGCUGAAGUACAGACAAAAAACUUUGAGAUCUUCAAGUAACUUCUCAAUGACUCGAUCACUAAAAAGGAACAUAAAAAUGACCACAGAAGUAGCUCACGACGUUAAACAGCGAAAAAUAACAAGAUAUUUCUCUUCGGCUACGACCAAGCAAUCAGAAGAUGUUAAAUAUUCGCCAAGAGACUCAAUCCAAGACGAUAAUAAGCUUUUCUUGGGGCUUCUGGAAAAGUUACCUCUAACCAACAUGAUGAAAACCAUGAUAAGAGAGACGAUCACCAAUGGUUACAAGAAUAUAAUCACAGCAAAAUCGGAAGCGAAAGGUGCUCGCUAUACCACUGAAUCGAAAAAUAUAGGUGCAUAUUUUUACCUUAUGGGAGGAAAGAAAGAUUAUGAAGAGUUGGUAGUGAAUCUUGGUCUACCCUCGCUAAGCACAAUUUUGAGGCAUAUCCGCAAAUCCUGCAAUAAAAUUGUUGAGGGUCAACUACGAAUUGGAAAGCUCUUAGAGUUUCUAGAAGCGAGGAACCUUCCGAAAAUAGUAUUUAUUUCCGAAGAUGGAACGAAGAUUUCCCCAAGAGUUCGAUACGACAUAGCAUCAGACCAAAUCGCCGGGUUGUGUCCGAGACUUGAUUCUAAUGGUAUUCCGGAAAUUGGAUCAUUUCCAGCUAAAACACCGGAGCUCAUCAAGAAUCAUAUGGAAAUGAAUCCAAAAAGUACGAUGGUGUAUGUGGUAUUAGCGACACCUAUGACAACGAAAACGCUAUCGUUCAACCUUCUGAGCUUUGGAACCAACAAUAAAUUUAGUAUUGAUGAGGUCUUACUGAGAUGGGGCAUCAUGGAAAAGGAAAUGGAAAAGAAGGGGAUAACCAUAAUUGGAUAUGGAGCAGAUGGGGAUUCACGAUUGAUCGGAAGCAUGAAAAUACGAAUGGGAUUACCUCGGACUAUAGAACUGUUCGAAAUUCCUUCGAACUGGGAUAGCUGGUAUGCAGCUAAAGGACAGACGGGAGUUGUCUAUGUGCAAGAUUCUACGCAUAUAGUCAAUAAACUUAAAAAUUGCUUGUUAUCCUACACCAGAAAUCUUCAAAUCGGUAAGUUAAUAAUCUGUUGAAGUAUUG